UGAAUUUUGGAAACGCUGAAAAAAAUUAAAUCAUGAGUUAAAAGUCUAGUUUACUUCAGAUUUCGUUCUCAAGCUCUGCUGCACUUGCUCGAAUUUCUUAUAGAAAAACUCUGUAACAUUUUGAUUCAUUGAGAAUUCAGAGUAUAAUUUAUGUGAGACAUUGAUCAGGAGAUGAGCUUGCGGAUUUAUCCAAGAUCUAUCCGCGAUCUAUACAUAUAAUUCAAUGCAUCGUACGCGCAUGCGAUAAAUCGCCAGAAAUUAUUCAGCAGAGGCUGGAUCUCUUCGGCUGCUUGUGUGUCUGAAGGAAACAGUGGAGGAGGAGUGGGAGUGGGAGGAUCGAGCAAUCAUUCGGAAACGCCGAAUGAAGCAGAUCACUGGCGGAUGCUGUAUUAUCAGAUUUGAGUAUCACAGCUACUGAAGCAGAAGGAAGAGGUUUCUAAGCCAGACAACGAUUUGUAUAAGAUUGGUGAGUAAUAUACGAAAUGGGUGGCUUUAAUCCAUUAAAAUGGAAAAUUAGAACGUUUGCUUACGUCUCCGCAUCCCUUUUCGCUUUUUACGUGUUAUUUUUUUAUAAGAAGACUCAUCAUGUAUCCUUCGAUGCAAUCAUUGAGAAUUCUGAAGCUGAGGCUGUAUGGGAAUUUGUAGCAGACUUCAGUAAUAUGAAGAAGUUGAAUCCUACCAUAGAGGAAUUCCAUAUUGUUGCUGAAAGUGGAAAUUAUGAACAUUGGAAAUAUACAGCACAUUAUACAGAGCACUUGAGCCAUGUACCCAUGAUUAAAAACCAUGCACAAAGUCACUUUGCAGUCAAACCAGCAGGGCAAGAUGGAUUCCUCAUAAGCUCUGAGCAUCGGACUUGUUUCUUUUCAACCUUUGGUUGCUUGGAUUCUGUGUCUGAAUUCAAGUUCUCUGGAGAGGGGAAGAAUACAAAAUGUAUUGAAACUGUUCAAUAUGAAUGCCCAAUAAUCUUCUCUGCUCUGUGCCGGAAAGAAGUUAUGUAUCAGCGCCAAGAAAUCAUGAGAAAUUUGCAAUCCCAUUUUUCAAUGAUAAACAUCAAAACUGAUGAUGAAAAAUAGUGCACUACAAUCACUGCUGUUGUUCAAUCAUUGUAAUGUAUGAAAAAUGUUAAAAUACCCGUCUAACAACUAAGGUAGUUUUUUUUCAUCAUGAUUUUGUGUCGAAUACAUAUGUACGUACUAUGAGGUUUGGAUAAGAGUCAAAGCCAUAGAAAAUAUGUUGCCGAAUCUUUUUUUAAUGUAAUCAGCCUUCUUCAUAUUAUUAGAAGAGGCACAACGUACGUCUUACAAUAUACUUCAUGAAUCUCUGUAAUUUAUUCAUGAGGUGCAUACGAAAAAUAUGUACUUAUAUACAUAUGUAUACUUCAUAAUA